CAGAAGGUCACAUGUAAAAGUAUUGUUCCAUUCUAAUUGAACGACUUGAUAAGCUUCUACAGUUUGGUAUCAGUUGCGCACAUAACAUCAUUGAAGGAAGAUUUAAUGCAUGACGUAUCAGACAUCAGUGGCGUCUAUGUAAUAAUGUAAAGUAUUUUAAUCGGUACUGGAUGCUCCGAUUCGUGUUCAUUAUUUUUUCAAACAACAGAAUCCUCGUGACAAAUCAGUCGGCUAUUUUCGUACUCAUCUAAUAAAGAGAAAUCACAAAAGUAAAUCUUUUACUUAACAUACAUAUAUAGGACUGAUAGAAGAUUCUAGAAGAAUGAACUAAAGGGACAUAUUCUAUUAAAGACAGUUAAGUGGUUAUUAAAAGAAUGUCUAUAUUGUCAAAUUCCACAAAGCAAGUGUUACAAAGUACACCACCUCUUUCAAUGGAAGUACAAGAUGUAGAUACCACAAAGAAACAGCAAAAAUGUAUUGGGACUGAUGGUAUAUCAAAUACACAAAGAGUAUGGACAAGUUUGAUAUCAGGUGCUAUUGCAGGAGCAAUAGCAAAAACAACAAUUGCACCUUUAGAUCGCACAAAAAUAAACUUUCAAAUUUCAAAACAACCAUUUUCGGCAAAACUGGCACUUCAAUUUUUAAUAAAAACUCUUAAAACAGAAGGAGUGCUGAGUUUGUGGCGUGGAAACAGUGCAACUAUGGUCAGAAUAAUUCCAUAUUCUGCUGUUCAGUUUACAGCUCAUGAACAGUGGAAAAGAAUUCUGGGAAUAAAUGGAUUAGAAAGAGAAAAGAUUGGACUGAAUUUUCUUGCUGGUUCCUUAGCGGGUGUAACAUCACAGGGCACUACUUAUCCAUUGGAUUUGAUGAGAGCAAGAAUGGCUGUAACACAAAAAACUGAAUACAAAACCUUGCGACAAAUUUGUAAACGUAUUUACAUGGAAGAAGGAAUAUUGGCCUAUUACCGUGGAUUUACUGCAACAUUACUUGGUGUCAUUCCUUAUGCUGGUUGCAGUUUCUUCACCUAUGAUCUACUCAGGAAUUUAUUGACUGUGUACACGGUGAAUAUUCCUGGCUUCUCGACAUCACUGAUUUGUGGCGCCAUUGCUGGAAUGGUUGGUCAGACCAGCAGCUAUCCUAUGGACAUCGUUCGGAGAAGAAUGCAGACCUCAGCAAUCAAGGGUCAGCACUAUCACACAAUUAGCUCAACCAUCAUGAAAGUUUACAAAGAAGAAGGUAUAAUGGCCUUCUAUAAAGGAUUAAGCAUGAACUGGGUGAAAGGCCCAAUUGCUGUAGGAAUUAGUUUUGCAACACAUGAUACAAUUCGUGAUACAUUAAGAAAAUUUAUUGUUUGUCACAGUACCUCAUCAAAAACAUAAAAAUAAAAUAUUAUGUGCAGUUAGAAAAAAUAAACAGAAAUGGAUAAUUAUCCAUUAAUA